CAUUAUCCAAGUCGUCCGACUCGGCUGCACGUUCAGUCAGCGAGGGUGACUCGAGUUGUAAAGUGUUGUGCGGUUAGCGUGUCUUGUUUCGUAGCUCGAUCUCAAAACAAGAGAUACUCUGAUCCCUCUCGUGUAGAGCCAAGCACAAAACAAAGCCAGUCGCUAUGUCUUCCCGCAAAACUGCCGUGCGUCGGGGUACGACCAAGAAGCGUGCCCAGCGUGCCACCUCGAACGUGUUCGCCAUGUUCGACCAGGCCCAGAUCGCCGAGUUCAAGGAGGCGUUCAACAUGAUCGACCAGAACCGGGACGGAUUCAUCGAGAAGGAAGACCUGCACGAUAUGCUGGCCUCGCUCGGCAAGAACCCGACCGAGGACUACCUGGAGGGUAUGAUGAACGAGGCGCCGGGACCGAUCAAUUUCACCAUGUUCCUGACGCUGUUUGGCGAGCGGCUGCAGGGCACCGAUCCGGAGGAUGUUAUCAAGAACGCCUUUGGAUGCUUUGACGAGGAUAAUACUGGUCUCAUCAAUGAGGAACGAUUGCGGGAGCUACUGACCACGAUGGGUGAUCGGUUCACCGACGAGGACGUGGACGAAAUGUUCCGCGAGGCACCGAUCAAGAAUACCAUGUUCGAUUACAUCGAGUUCACCAGAAUCCUGAAGCACGGCGCCAAGGACAAGGACGAACAGUAAUUUAUUAUUUGCCUUCGUUUAUUAUUACUUGAAUUGUGUAUUUCCAUGUUUAACCGUGUUUAGUUAGUUGUUCUUCCUUACUUUCUUCUUUCCAAACCUUUUUUCGGUUGCAACUGCCAUCAGUAUUCCCCCUUAAGAUUGGAAACCCUGCGGGUUUCGCAUUUAGCUUGUUUCUCCUCUCAUCAAAACCAAACCGAUAUCGUGUAACCGAAUAUAUAGCACCAUUCAGAGCUGUUUUAUCAAAUCUAUUUGUAAUCAGAUCUAUUAUCUUUUAGCGAGAGCAAAGGGAAAAACUUUUUGAAUAUAUAUUUUUUAUAUCGUAUAGUAA